GAGAAGGAAACAAGCAGCAUGGCCAGAACCAAGCAGACCGCUCGUAAAUCUACCGGUGGCAAAGCCCCGAGGAAGCAGCUUGCCACAAAGGCAGCCCGUAAGAGUGCGCCAGCCACCGGUGGCGUGAAGAAGCCCCAUCGUUACAGGCCCGGCACCGUGGCUCUGAGAGAGAUCCGUCGCUACCAGAAAUCGACUGAGCUGCUGAUCCGCAAGCUCCCCUUCCAGCGUCUGGUCAGAGAAAUCGCCCAGGACUUCAAGACUGACUUGCGAUUCCAGAGUUCCGCUGUGAUGGCUCUGCAGGAGGCUAGCGAAGCCUACCUGGUCGGUCUCUUCGAGGACACCAACUUGUGCGCCAUCCACGCCAAGAGGGUUACCAUCAUGCCCAAGGACAUCCAACUGGCCCGCCGCAUUCGCGGAGAGCGCGCCUAAAUGUAAUUUGACUGCAACAUCCCCAAAGGCUCUUUUAAGAGCCACCUCAUUAUCUCUAUGAAAA